CAGCAUCUAUAUAAAGACUACGCUCUCAUUAUCUUAUUUCUCUUCAGUAUCUUAUUCACAACUGAAUUUCAAUUGCUUAUUUGCGGCAUGCAGCAAAUUAUACAGCAUAAACUGCUUCAAGCUCGAUAUAAUCGGGCUGAUUGAACGGAUGGGUGCUGCACAGUACCAACUGUUUCCCGGAAUUUUUCUAAGCUACAAUCUCAACACAAGUGAAGUCCCUCAGAUGAUGCUCCGGUCGUUGGAAACAGGAAACAUGAACGAAGAGUUCGACAAUUACAUAUCAGAUCGACUAAACCAGUAUUUAAACUCGCUUACGUUAAACAUUAAAGUCCUCGACCCGUCCACUAUGCAUCACGCUAGAAAGUUAAGCAAUGAGAUUUUUUCACGCCUAGUGCCACACGAAACAGGUCGUAGAAAGGGACACAACAACAAUGCUAUGUGGAUGGCAGGAACCGUUGCAGCAGUCAGCGUCUCGGCUCUUGCCGCUAUAUCAGGGAAAGCCCUCAUGACUUCCUUGCUCGCACUGAUGCUCACAGGAGCCAAAAUGAUGCACAAAGGCGGUGGUGGAGGCGGUUACGGAUGCAAAAGUGCCGCUCUUAUUGAUGCCAGGACAAUGGAGAUAGACAGAAUAGCGGCAGCGGCAGAGACGGAAUUUAAUCAGCAUAUACCGAUUCAUGUUUUCACGCCUUCAGCUCACGGACAGCUGACUUCAUACAGUGGUCCUCCUAAACACUGAAAAGUAUUUUCAAUGAGAAAAACUUUAUCUCUUUUUGAGACAUCAGACCUCCAAAUGACAAAAUAAAAUCAGCUUAUUAAAAUAAAUUAACAUAUGGAUAUUGAACGAGUAGCUAUAUUGAGAGAACCGAUAGUACGUUAUUUUGGCUGCAUUUACAAAAUUCUAAGUGUUAAUAUCAAUAAAUAAUUACUGAGCAUGAAAGACGUGUGUUAUUACCAUCCGCGGCCUGAGUGCACGGGUGGCAUAACAAAUGCAAGUGUUUUCUUCUGUGAGUGUAACUCUUUCCAAGAAGCCAUAGACGCAUGGGUCCCGCUAGAAGUGAGGCUUGGAGCUUAUAGGAGGGAGAAAUUAAAAAAAAUCCGAGCUCCGGAACUGAACAUUGGAACGUUUAGAGAAGAAAACGGAAAAUUAGUUGGGGACAAGGAUGCAGAUAGGUGGAUCCAGUACGAUGUCGACCUAUGCAGUUAUUGGCGAUCAUACAAGGCGAGCCCACACGGUAAGAGGAGGGCGACAGGAUCAUGCGGUGAGAGAAGCUUGUUGACUGACAUGACACCCUUAUCAGAAUAUCCGGCCAGAAGGCGUGAGGCUGAUUGGGGCGACUGGCCCGUAGAAAGAACAUACGUUAGUUACGUUCCAGACAAGAAAGGCCUACUGUCCAGCAUGAUGACAAGAUAUGUCGAGGCCGCGAUGGCAUUAGGAAUAUCACCAAUGAACCUUAACAUGAGAGUAAAUAUUGUGAACCCGAACGGUCCCGAGUAACAAAAUCUACAGGAACAAAUGUGUUACUUACUCUGCAUUUGCGAAUUGAGCAAGAUAACUUCUUCGUGAAGUUCUUCAUUCAGAUGCGGAAAUUUGAGCCAACAGACUAAUUCUGCCAGUUUUGAUUUAUCUGAUGAAAUUUUGGCACAUUGCUAAAAUAAACAAUUAGAAUUACUAAAUACAUAAUUUUACAGUAAUACAGAAAAA